UUAAUGCCAUUAGAUUACACUUUUAGUAUUUAUUAUUAUUUCUUUUGUAUUAACAUAUCAGUUUUACACCACCGCCACCAAUAGUAAAAAUAUUUUUCAUCUAUUUUGAAACUGAGAUACAUUGUAAUAUUUUAACAUAACAUAUUUAAAAUGUUUUUAUCGAUGGACUAUUAUUACAACAUUAUGUGCCUGGUUUCUAGGUGCUUUAUUUGAUCAAUAUCCUAAUCAGUAUUUGUAGAAUACUUAAAAAUGGCGAGCCCUAAUUCAGAAACAGAGUCAACUUCUAUGUUUAUGCAAAGAAGCGAUGGUAAGAAAACAAUAAGUCCACCGCGUUCCGAAUCAUCAUCUAGAAGAAACUCCUCUGUCAAUGUAGCACCAGCGGAAAUUAUCACAGUAAAAGACUUCUUUGAUUUCAUGAAGACAGCCUAUCAGGUUUACGAGCACUUGGAAGGUGACGAGGAGGAGGGAUCAAAAAUUAAUUGGGAGGAAUUGACAAAGUUAACUGUUAUCAAUCACGUUAUUGAGCAGCAAGAGAGAGAUCUUCUUUAUCAAACUGCUUUUGCAGAACCGAAGCCAAUUGUUAGUAAAAGUGAUACGGCAAUUGUGAAGAAAAGUAGCAUUGAGCGCACUGAAAAACGGUUCAGUUGUAGUGAACUGGAAGGAAAAGUUCGAAGGCGUUCAUUGCCACCUGAAUCAAGAGUUGAGAUGCUCGGAGUAUGGACAGAAGCUAAUCUCAAUUGUAAAUUAAAUGAUGUUAUAAAUGAAGGAAUAUUGGACUCUAUUUUACCUUACUUACUUGGGUAUAAAAAACCAUCGAAGACAACUAGUGUUUACACUCCCAUUAUUAAGAAGGUCACAUCGAGCUCAACAACUGAGAUAAAAAAGCCAGCUAGUUUUGGAGGUUUCGUAAAUGAAAAAGAAUCUAGAGACCGACUUGGAAGACGGAAAUCGUCAGUUGUAGCUGCUCAAGAGCGAAGUAAUCAGAAACAAGAUGGCGACGUGGAAAUUCACGUAUGUGACGAGGUGAAGGGCCUCAAGAAGGACUUCAGAUGCCCUCAGAAACUGCUCGUCUCCAAGAUGGGGUACUUUGCUGACGUCACGGCUGGACAGAGGCUCGAGGAUAUGGACAUAUCCGUACACUGCGACAUUCAGAUCUUCGAUUGGCUGAUGCGUUGGGUUAAACGCGACAGCAUCCUGGUAGCUGAGUGGCCACUGCUCGACCCUCACAACGUUGUGCCCAUACUGGUCUCCGCUUCUUUUCUGCAGAUGGAGCCACUCCUCCACGACUGUCUCAUCUACUGCCACGCCCAUCUGAAUGAUAUUGUGAAGACGUCUACCAACCUCGCCUGCCUCAGUGAUGCACUCCUCACCAGAUUAGCAGCAAUGUACACAAACGCGGAAUUAGAAGCAAUAAGAGACCGUAAGGAUAAAAUCCAGUCGCGUCUCUACUGCAAGAUGAUAAUGUCCCUCGCUGAACCGGUCCCUGAAACCCUCCGUGGGCACUACGCCACGCUCGCCACGCUGUUCAAGUGUGUCAAAUGCAACAAACUGCUGGGGCGGUAUAUAGCCGAGCAAGUGCCAUGCCAGCCGGCUAGCAUGAGGGUCGACCGACGGGGGAAUGUCAUCUCCUCGCACAACAAGGAUCAAAGCUGGAGCCUCAAUGAGUACAUCACGUGGCUGUACGGGGAGCUGCGCUCGUGGCGCCGCGUCUACUGGAGGCUGUGGGCAGAUUGUCACUUCCUCAGGUGUCAACUGUGUGACAGUUACUUUCCCGCUUAUCAGAUGGAGUGGUGUUCCCACCAUGAGCAGAGCGCGCACAUGUUCGCGGUGGAUGGCCGGCCCCCCCUGCCCGCCGGCCGGUACCCCUGUUGCGGCGAAAGAGCCUACCGGUUCGAAACCAUCACCAGGAACACGGGUUGCCAGUUCCGCGAGCACGCGCCUGAUGAGCGCCUGGCGACUGACGCGGCCGUGAUGGAGGUGUACAACAAGUUCCGCGACAUCAUCGCCAUGAGACCUCCGCAGCUGAUGUUCCCGGAGCGUCUCACCAGGCUCGUACCCAGAGAACUGGGCGACGACAGCACCGGCCGUCUACAAUGCAAGGAGGUGUUCUGGUGGCAGGGCAUCCAACUGGUGCCUCCGCGGCAACACCUCGGUCUGCUCGGCAAGUUGUACACCAGCAACAUCAAGUUCAACCCAAGUGCGCGCCCCGGCUCCCCGACGCUGGCCGGUACAAGGGUCUCCGCUCAGUCUCUCGCCGGGACCUGCACCGCAGGACCCUGUCAGUCACCAGAGUGUGACACUAAACUGAAGCCCCAACUGCAAGAAACCAGAGCAGAACCGUUGAGAGUAAAGAAAGGCAUCCAAGUCAGUGGGAUGAUGCCGGCCGGGGGCGAUGUAGCUGCUGAUGAUGGAGCCGAGGAUACCAGCUCGGAUGAGAGUGAACAAAGCUCGGCGAGUGCCAGGAGCGAGGAGGACGUGCCGCCCAAGAGGUCACCACGGCUGCCCCGGCCGCGCUCCAAUCCGCCCAACAAACGAGUCCGCGUGGUGGGCCGUCAGUGGGUAGCUUCGCUAUCAGCUCGCAGCAACCAGGACGGACAGCGGCGCUUCGAAGAGCGCGCCGCACGACUCAUGAAGGCUGCGCUCGCAAGACGUGCCGCCAUCACACCAGCCAAACCCAAGACACCGGCCGGUGGUGUUUAUCCCAAGCUGGAGGCGGAAUGGCGGGAACGGCACGGCCAGAGAGCAAGGAAUACUGUGUCGGCUCGUCCCCGACAACCGGCCAACAAAUUCAAAUGAACAGACCAACUGACCUGCUUUUAUUAUAUAUAUAUCUACUAUCGUUGGUAGAAAAUUGUA